GAAUAGUCUGAGAGUAAGGCAGCAUUACAGCAGUGCAAUCCUGACCUGAAGAACAUAAGCCCCAGAACACUGUGAGCUCUCCUAAUAUGAUGCCUACAGCUAAAGGCAUGUCCCAAGUGAUUCCCAAUCACGUUCUGAGAGUGGGUCAAACUAUCCGCCUGGACUCACAGGAGACAGUCAAUCAACAUCCCAGUCUUACAACGCCCAGCGAUUACCAUGGUGAUCCUGAUCUCGACACAUCCCUGGACAAUCUCAACCAGCUCAUCCUGGAACUGGAUCCGACAUUUGAGCCCAUCCCGGUCAACAAAAGUCCCUCUCCUACAGCCGACGUGUGCUCAGAUGAAGAUGUCUCCCACUGUGUGUUGGUCCCUAGAGGAUGUUUUUCCAUCUCCUCACCCACCACAGUCUCAUCUAAAUCACCCAGUAUACCCAUCCCUGCACCCAGCAGCCCCAGCAACAGGACCCACGGCACGCAGGUAUUCUCCAGCUCCCCUUCAUGCUCCCUGCCUCCACUGCCGUGUGGAAGUGCACCCCGAAGAAUUCCCUCACCAAAGCAUGACGCAGCCCUUUCCCAAGGAUCCCUGCGCUUGUCACUCUCCAACAGAAACAGUGCUUCCUCGCUCCUCUCCAUGUCAACAUGCUCAGACACCAGCUACAUCCUCGGCAGCAACCUGUCCUUGGCCAGUGAAGAUGCUGACUCUCCAGAGUCCAUCCUUGCUAAUGUGUCCGGCUCCUUCAGCGACAUGUCCAGAACUAGGACAUCUGAUUGCAGGCACAGCCCAGACAAAGCACUGACAAAGAGAGGGCAUCUGCAGGAGGUUCACAGAAAAGGAGCUCAGAGCAGUCCUGCUUCACUCUCUGGGUCUUUGACCGAUAUUCCCAUACUGCUAGUCAACGGAGCGCCAGAACCGGAUCUGCACAUCCACUCUACUGGACUAGAAACUGACUUGACACAAACCAGCCCUGUGUUCAGCUCAAAGCCAGUUUCUCCUCACAGUUUCCAAGCCCGUUUUAACGGCAGUCAGCCCUCAAUGAAAUUUGUCAUGGACACUUCAAAGUUUUGGUUCCGUCCAAAUCUCAGCAGAGCAGAAGCUGAGGCCCUGGUAAAAGACAAGGACCCAGGAACAUUUGUGGUGAGAGACAGCACCUCCUACAGAGGAAGUUUCGGUCUGGCCAUGAAGGUGGACCAAUCGCCCACCAACAUCCCUGCUACUGCUUACCCAGGAGAGAGCAGUUCAGAUCUUGUCAGACACUUCCUUAUUGAAUCAUCAGCUAAAGGUGUGCGGAUCAAAGGCUCUUCUCAGGAACCGUACUUUGGUAGUCUCUCAGCCCUGGUCUACCAGCACACCAUCUCUGCUUACGCUUUACCCUGCAAAUUACUGCUGCAUUCCCAUGAGCUGGGCACAGCAGAGGAGAGGGCAAACGACAAACCAGCUUCAGAGGCCAAGGAUAAAACAACUUGCAACUUCAUCUAUCUGAAUGCUGUCCCCACUGAGAUGCUGACAGGCCCUUGUGCAGUGCAGAAGGCAGUGUCCUUGACACUUGAGAAGGACCCGGGUUCUGUCACACCAACCGUAGUCAAUCUGAAGGUGUCUCACAAGGGUGUGACACUGACAGAUAUCAACAGGAAGCUUUUCUUCAGACGUCAUUACCCUGCUCACCUUCUUAGCUACAGUGGUGAAGAUCCAGACAAUCGAUUGUGGGGGAAAGGUCCCGCUUUUGCUGCAAGGAUAUUUGGCUUUGUGGCAAAGGGCGUAGAGGCUGGCAUGGAGAAUGUAUGCCACGUCUUUGCAGAAUAUGACCCCCUGCAGUCCUGUAACCAGGUCAUCGAGGUUAUUCAGGCCGCAGUGGCCAAACUAUAGACACAUGGGGCUAUAGGCACAUAAACAUGGGGCUUCAAGUCCUUUCUUACACUGUCUGUCUAUACUGUACUUUUCUCAAGUAACCUGUUGGGUGUGGUGGCCAGUGUUAGUCCUGCUGCUGAGUUAUCUGCCUCACAUGAUUACAGUACCAGCACGAUCUGAACCAGAAGUUCUUAGGACUACCCACAUUUAUAACAUGCUGAGAUGAUUAAAGUCACAUUGAAAAGACAGGUGUACCUGUGGCAAACAGAGUAUGAAGACAUACAUAACUGAACAUUUGUCCAGCAAGAAGGACAGAGACAGGGGACUAACAACAUACAGAAUGAUUGUAAUUAAAUGGCACGGCACUACUGUUAAAAUCAUAUCUAAGCAGCUUGUAAAAAUGCUGAAACAAGCACAACAAUGUCUGAAAUGUUAUUAUAUAACAUGUUAAGAACCAGCACCUUGUGUAUACGAUAGGACAUGAUACAGCAGUUUAUCUCAUUUCUUAAUGUUGAAUGAUUCCUGAUGUAAACUGGGGAGUAAAUCUGCUCCAGCUGAUGAUAGAACAUAUAGUAAAGGUUCUCUUCAUAGACUCAAAGAACGUAAGUGAAAUACUGUUGUCUUUUCAUUUCAAAGCAGAAACUUUGCAUAUACAAUAGUUGUAUAGUUCAGAAUGUAUUUAUUAUACUGCACUGUAAACAUUUUCUUACUGUAUAUUAACGGAUUCUUGUGUUUUCUGUUUUUGUUUUUCAAACUGUUUACUACAAUUAAAAGCUUAACAAACA